CUUCAGAAGUGGAAGUAUGAUAUAGUGUCACCAAUGUACAAGGUUCAGACCUGGAAGCAGUCAUCACAUUUUUCUGAAAGCCUCCAAACAUUUCACCACAAUAUCACCUCCUGUGCACAUUUGGCCAAGUCACUGUCACCCGAAGAACAGCAGGAGGAACGCAACCUGUUGAACUCCAUCGCCUGGCCCCAUCCUCCCUCUGGCUCAGCAUCACCGGACCUGUCCGACACAAGUGACCCGGCUCACAGCUUGUUCACAAUCGUUCCCUCCAAAAACAACCAGCAUUGGUACGUGGGCGACUAACUGGAAGUGCAGGUCCAAUUGCGUGACUUCAAGGGCCAACCCAAGCGUUACGGCGGUGAUUUCCUGUUAGCUCGGUUACACUCCCCAAAGUACAGGGCGGGUGUGGCUGGACAAGUGUUGGACCACGAAAACGGACUUUAUUCGGUCCGAUUCCCAUUGCUGUGGCAGGGCUCGGCUCAGUUUAAUGUCAUGAUGGUGCACUCGAGCGAGGCCGCUACCGUGCUGCGGCGCCUGAGGGAGAAACGGCCCGAUCGAGUCUUCUUUGCCAGCAUCUUUCGCCAUGGGCGUCAUUCGGAGAAGACGUUAUGCAACAUGUGCCUGCCGCCAGACAAGGGGCCACUAUGCAACUACACGGACCUUCACUACGGUGAGCAGUGGUACUGCUACAAGCCCAAAGGGCUCGGCUGUGACACCAGAUACAACCACUUCAUAGAAGGCUACGCCGAAAACCUCAUCACCAAAAAGGAGGCUUUGCUCUUUCAGAGUGGCAAGAACGUCAAAGUUCCCAUCCACGCUUCCACAACAGACUCCAUCAAUGUGCUGCCUUCUAGUCAAGAAAGGAGCCGUCAAAAACUGGACCCCGUGAAGCUGGCGACGUCUGGGUACUAUUACCAGGACUCGUGGAGGCCAUUGGGCGGCGUUCCUAUGCGCCAGUUUAACAAGGCAUCUGCCAUCACUCAGUGUUUGACCAACAAAUUAGUCUACAUGUACGGCGACUCCACUCUGCGCCAGUGGUUCAAGUACUUACUCACUGUACUUCCGGGCUUGAAGAAUAUCCCCCUGGAGAAAGUCCAAAAGCCGGGGCCCUUUAUGGCAGUGGACGUCACCCACAAUAUUCUGCUCAAUUACCGGUUCCAUGGCCUACCUCUCCGCAUCAUGCCCGUCAUGAUCAACGAGUUGCGCUACAUCGCCAACGAGCUGGACGGCCUGACCGGCGGUCCCAACACGGUGGUGACGCUCGGCAUCUGGGCUCACUUCAGCACUUUCCCCGUGGAGGUGUACAUACAGCGCAUUCGGCAUAUCCGCAAGGCGGUGGUGCGACUCCUGGACCGGUCCCCAGAGAUAGUGGUGGUAGUCCGCACGGCCAACCCUCAGGCCCUAAAUGAGGUUGAGAGCUUGUUCAAAAGCGACUGGGUGACAUUGCAGCAGGACAUUGUGUUACGUGCCAUGUUCAAGGGUAUCAACGUUAUGUGGGUGGAUGCCUGGCAGAUGUGCUUGGCGCACCGCGAACCUCACGACGUACACCCUCCUAUGAGCCUUCACUUCGAUGGUUAA